AUGGCAGCCGCAACAACACCAACAACAACCGCCGCCGCCGCCGCCGCCGCAAGUCAGACAACAGCAACAGCAACAACAUCAUCGACGUUCGACGCAUCCACCGUGCCGCGCGACCCCGUCCCGCGCAACCCGGUGCCGCUGUCGGCGGGGCAGGAGCAGCAGGUGCGCGACUUGUACCACAAGCGGGUGAGGCAAAGGUGCGCGGAUGAGGUUAAAGAGUUCGCCUCCUGCGCCCUCAAUCGCACCAUCAGCGCAACAUGGGCGUGCCGACAGCAACGACUAGCCAUGAACACCUGCAUGGUGGCGCACGCGACGCAGGAAGAGCAGGACCGCGCGCGGGAAGAGUGGUUCGCGACGCGGGAGCUGCGCAAGCGCGAGCGGGAAGAGAAGGAGAGGAAGCGCAUCGAGCAGGAGAAGUUCCACCGCGAAUGGUGGGGUUUGGACGAGCAAGGGAAGAGGAAGUUCGAGAAGAAGUGA